AUGUGCUCGGCUUCGCGCUACCGUAUAGAUUACCACAGCCCUAAGGUAGAAGAACAAGAAAACGAGUCACAGAAUGCUUUGUCUAUAAGAAGGAAAGUUAUAGGCGAAGAACUCGAUGUGGGAAAAACUCAGACGAUGCUGGAGUGUGGUUUUGGUGCAAGAGGGCAGCAUUCGGUCACAAGAAUAACGACGGCGCAAGGCGGGGAAAUGGGGCACGGCUCACAAUCGAGCUAG